AUGCCCGGCAUUGUAGGCAACUGUGAUGGUUUCUACAAGGUCUCAUCUGGCGAUCAGUGCAACACCAUUGCUACGAAGCAUGCUAUCAGCGAAGCCCAGCUCAAGAGCUGGAACAGCCUGAUCGACGACAAAUGCACAAACCUUUGGCUGGACUACUACGUCUGCGUACAUGUUCCCGGCGCAACCACCACCUCGGCACCCCAGCCAACACCUGAGCCCUCAGGCCCCACGCCCAAAAUACCUGGGAUUGUCAGCAACUGCAAGCGCUUCUACCUAAUUAAGGACGGUGACAGCUGCUGGUCGAUAAAUACGGAUGCGGGGAUCACGUUGGUGCAGUUCCGUGCCUGGAACACGCGGAUCGACGCGGCGUGCAGCCACCUUUGGCUGGGAUACUAUGUCUGUGUUGGUGUGUAA